UGAAAAGCGAAGUAACUCUCUCUCUCUCUCUCUCUAUUGCCAUAUUACUUUCACAACCACUGUUGUUGUUGUUCUAUCUACCUAAUCCAAUACAAAAUCUUAAAGGAAAAAUUUGUGCGAAAAAAUUGUUUUAAGCGAACAAGAUUGGUGAAUUGUUGUCGAUUGGUGACAGUUCAUCAGACUUUUCGUCAAUCCAAUCGGAGGAGGCGAAAUGGAGGGAAUUUGAAGAUGAAAUGAGGUGGUGAUUGGGUUUGGGUUUGCGGUGCUCUUCUUUCGUGUUUGUAUUCAAAUCUCAGCCCUAGGAAUCAGUUUUCCUUCACUCUUGCUGUUGGAUCUUACUGAUUCAUUGCCAGAGCUGCUCUUUGAUCUGGCAUUGUCGUCGUGUCUGCGGCAAUCGAUGCUGCCGUGUUCAGGAAGUUGAUUGGUGGAGCGAGGUUAGCUAUCGGACUGGUUUUUGGGUGAAUGUUGACCGGUUUGAGUGGCUGUGUUACUUGCAUUGGACGUGCUCUUGAUGCCGUAGCUUCAGAGUGAAUCGGUGAGAAUGUCUGCUUCCUUGGCGGCUUUUGAGCGUCCCAGAGCUGGGGCUUCGAAUACGGUUUUCAAGAGUGGGCCGCUUUUCAUAUCAUCCAAAGGACUUGGCUGGAAAUCUUGGAAGAAGCGCUGGUUCAUCCUUACACGCACUUCCCUAGUUUUCUUUAAAAAUGAUCCUAGUGCACUUCCUCAAAGAGGGGGUGAAGUAAAUCUUACUUUGGGGGGCAUAGACUUGAAUAAUUCAGGGAGUGUGGUUGUUAGAGAGGAUAAGAAGCUCUUGACUGUAUUGUUUCCUGAUGGUCGUGAUGGACGAGCUUUCACUCUCAAGGCUGAGACCUCAGAUGAUCUGUUUGAAUGGAAAACGGCCCUCGAACAAGCCCUUUCACAGGCACCAAGUGCUGCCCUUGUCAUGGGACAUAAUGGGAUUUUUCGGAGUGACACUAAUGAAAAAAUUGACAGCUCUUUCCAUCCAUGGAGAGAUAAGCGUCCUGUUAAAUCUUUGGUGGUGGGAAGACCUAUUUUACUUGCACUGGAAGAUAUUGACGGAGGUCCAUCCUUCCUUGAGAAAGCACUUCGGUUUCUUGAAACAUUCGGCACCAAGGUAGAAGGGAUUUUGCGGCAGUCUGCAGAUGUUGAAGAGGUAGAACGUAGAGUUCAGGAAUAUGAACAAGGCAAGACAGAGUUUGGUUCUGAUGAGGAUGCUCAUGUCAUUGGUGAUUGUAUUAAGCACAUUCUAAGAGAGCUUCCCUCAUCACCAGUUCCAGCUUCAUGCUGCACUGCAUUGCUUGAGGCUUAUAAAAUUGAUCGAAAAGAGGUGCGGAUUAAUGCCAUGCGAUCAUCUAUAUUGGAGACUUUUCCUGAACCAAACCGGCGUUUGUUACAAAGAGUUUUAAAGAUGAUGCAUACCAUCUCUUCUCAUGCUCACGAGAAUCGGAUGACUCCAUCUGCUGUUGCUGCUUGCAUGGCACCUUUGCUGUUACGACCUUUAUUAGCUGGUGAAUGUGAGUUGGAAGAUGAGUUUGAUGUAAGUGGUGAUAACUCUGCACAGCUGCUUGCCGCUGCCAAUGCAGCUAAUAAUGCUCAAGCAAUUGUUACAACUCUUCUGGAGGAGUUUGAGAAUAUUUUUGAUGAUGAGAAUCUACACAGAUGCUCAAUUUCAGCAGAUUCUCAGAUUGAAAAUAGUGGAAGUGAUGAUUCCACUGAUGAUGAAAAUCUUGAUGUGAAAGGAAAUGGCUAUCACAAUGUGGAAAAUGGGGUUGAUCCAGACACAGAUGAUGAUCCUGAGCGUGUACUCAGUGGAAAAUUGAGUGAAAGUAGUGGCUAUGCUGGAAGUGAUCUUUAUGACUAUAAGCCUUUUGGAGGUGAUGACUCGGAUGUUGGAUCCCCACGAGAAAAUCAUGAAUUAGCUCAGAGUUCAAAUUCAUGUCUUGAUCAUCAUAAGAACUCCGACACCAAUGUUCAACCGAUUGGGGACCAAAGCAAACAAAAGAAAGGAAAUGUGAGCACUCUGACUGAGAUGGAAACUCCAAAUAUCUCGCCUGCUGGUGAAUCUUACCGAUCAAUGGGAGAGAUCUUAAAUUCAAUGGAUCCAGGAAAUGAGUCAAGUUCUGGGAAGCAAGUGGGUAAAGUUUCAAGCUCUAAUAUUAAUGCUAAGAGAACAACUUUCUGGGGAAGGAGCAAUGCAAGAAAGACACCCUCUAUUGAGUCAGUAGAUUCUUCUGGAGAAGAAGAACUUGCUAUUCAGAGGCUUGAGAUGACAAAAAAUGACUUGCAACAGAGGAUUGCCAAGGAGGCUAGAGGAAAUGCAAUUUUACAAGCCAGCUUGGAAAGAAGGAAACAAGCUUUGCAUGAGCGGCGGUUGGCACUUGAACAAGAUGUUUUAAGAUUGCAAGAGCAAUUGCAAGCAGAAAGAGAUCUUAGAGCUGCUUUGGAAGUUGGCCUAAGCAUGUCUUCUGGACAACUUAAUAAUUCGCGUGGCAUGGAUUCAAAGACAAGGGCCGAGCUUGAGGAGAUUGCUCUUGCUGAAGCAGAUGUGGCUCGUUUAAAGCAGAAAGUUGCUGAACUCCACCACCAGUUGAAUCAGCAACGACAACACAACUAUGGUUCUCUAUCUGAGGCAUGUGACCGAUAUCAACAUGUUCAGAAUCAUGGUUCUCAACUGAGAUUUCUUCAGCAAGAUUUUGAUUCGACCCUUGCUUUUGUUAAUCAUGAAAGAAAACAAAGGAAUGAGGAGGGUUCGAUGGGAAGUGAUUGGAGAAAUAUCAAAGGAGUAUUAGGAUCUGCGAACAGUAAUAAGCCAACUCCACGGAAACUAUUUAUGGAUUCGAUAAGUCCAAGUGACUCGAAAAGUACCGAGGUUUCAACUAGCAUGUCUGUGGAUGAACUCGCUGUUGAUUCUGCUUCUUUGCCUUCUACUUCCAAAGCAGGAGAGGUUUUGGAUUACACGAGACACUCGACCGUGCCUUCCUCAACAUUGGUAGAAUUAACGACACGGCUCGAUUUCUUCAAGGAGAGACGUUCUCAGUUGAUGGAGCAGCUCCAUAAUCUUGAUUUAAAUUAUGGUGCAUCAUCCUCACAAGACUUCAUCUAUAAGCAACCACCAUCUCCGCCAUGGAAAUAACAAACACUGAGCAGGCAAGUCUAUAUCCAUAAUUAGUUCCAAUCAUCCAUUUCUUGUAUAUCCUUCUCUUACACGUAUAUUAAGCAAGUUUAUUAUUGUGUGUGCCUUUCUAAUAUUUAAGUUUGGUCUUUCAUGGGAAUGUCAUCUUUAAUUUCUUUUCUUCCUCCUUUUUUUUCCCUUCUCCACGAGGACUUUAGUUGGUUUUGUAUCCUACUUCACUUAUUUUGUUUUGAUUUUAUUGAGGAUUAGACGAAGCAAAGGUGGCUCGUGUUGUAACAAUAGUAGUUUAAGGCCUUGUCAUUGAUCAUACACAAUAUAUAUUUAGUUCCAGAGAUUGGAAAUUUUAUCCC